AUGGACUUCGCUAACAAAGUGGUGAUAGUGACAGGAGCAAGUUCCGGAAUAGGAGCGGCGUCUGCUAUCCUCUUUGCAAAACAUGGAGCCAAGUUAUCUCUAGUUGGCAGAAACGAGCAGAGAUUGAAAUCUGUAGCAAACAAAUGUUACGAAGCAAACGGUUGUGUACCAUUAGCUCUUCAAAUAGAUCUGACACUUCAAGGAAGCUGUGAAACAGUUAUUAAUAAAACAGUUGCAAAAUUCGAAAAAAUCGAUGUCUUAGUGAAUUGUGCUGCCAAAUUUUUGAUUGGAACUCUAUUUGAUGAUAAUAUAAAUGCAUUUGAUGAAAUGAUUAACAUCAACCUUCGGGUACCCUACCAAUUAACACGCCUUGCUGUACCUUAUUUAGUGAAAACCAAAGGCAAUAUAAUCAACUUUAACGAAAAUUACACCAGGAUUAAAGCAGGAUAUCUACCAUAUUCUGUUUCUAAAGCUGCAUUAGAAAGAUUCUCCAAAUCUUCAGCUAUGGAGCUAGCAUCUGAAGGCGUACGCGUGAAUUCAAUACAACCGGGAAUAUUAAAGAAGAAUAGGAAUACUAAUCUGGAAGUGAGACAAGAAGACAGAAACGAUACGUACAAUACGAGCAACUUGGAACCUGAGGAAGUGGCUAAAAUGGUUUUGUUUGUUGCUAGUGGAUUGUGUCCUAAUAUCAACGGUGCUAAUUUGACUAUAAACGCAGUCUCUACUUAUACUUGA